AUGGUGGACCCGUAUACAGGAUUACCAACAAACAGCAGUGCUGGAAAUAUACAGAUCUAUUCUGGUGGAAAAUGGCGGUUUUGGGACAGCGCGAGAUUCACCACGCGUCAAACUAGAGUGGCUUGUCGUGAAUUAGGAUUUAUAAGGCCACUUAAUUUUUGGACUAUCUAUAACUUGACUAACGUGAUGGGAAAUGUUGUGACAAACGAAAACAUGAAAUGUGUGGGAAUCGAAAAGAAGUUAUCCGAUUGUUUCCAUGGUAAUUGGAAAUUGUUGAAUAAAACUAAUAACUUCUAUUUGGCAUGGGUGAAGUGUGGUAAGUUCAUUGAAGUGCCCAAUGAUUUCCAAUAUGUCUAUAUAUAAAAUUAAAUUUUCGGGUAAGUUGGAAAAGAAAUGUAAUAUUUUCAUUAAAAAUUAUUUUCAUGAACGUUUUCACUGUCAAAGUUAACAAACAUGAAAUUCCAUUAUUUAGAUUACAAGUUAGUUUGCCUUUGUUUUUGUGGGCAAAAUUUAUCUAAGGGACCGCUCAUUAUUUAUUGUGCAGGGGGACUGAGGAAAAAUUCUACAGUUAUAAUAUUUUUUCAUUGCCCCCCCCCCUCUUCAGACAAGUAGAAUUUUCAAAGCCCCCUCCAACAGGCAAAACAAGAAUAUAAAUUUUGGAGCUCCCCCCGACUCUAGCUGUUUAUUUAAUUAAAGAAACAAAAAUACAUAAUGGAGACCAAUUUACAUGAACAUAAAAGACUAUUUAUUUGGUUUCCAUUUAUGGAUAUUAAUAUUAAAGGUCCAUAAAAUUGUUAUUUGUUGUUUUGUGGUACAUUUUUAAAACUACUAAUAUUUUUUCAACCAGUAAAUUUAAAACUACUAAUAUAUUUUCAACAGAGUUUUAAAAAAUUUAGAGGCCUUUCUACCUGGGUGCCAGAGGUUCUUCUACGCUCGUAGGGGGAUAAUGAGGGAUACACGAGGAUUCAAGCUGGGAAGCGGCGAGCGGGAAGAACCUCUUGAACACUUCUAUGGUUUCUCAGAUCGAACCGGACCAAUCACGAUGCUUAAUAGUGUGAAGUGAUCCAGAAUCUGGAUCACAGUGUUAAUUGAUUAACGGCAGGGACUUGUUAAAACAAUGACUUUCAUUGGCUGUUUGAACCGUAUGUCCUUCAAGAUAUUAUCGUUCAGAAUCCGUACAGGCAUACGCUGUUGUUUAAUAUAAUAAUUUUAUAUUUGUAACAUAGUCAGGCGUAAAUAUAUAUGCCUCUAGUUUUGCGAGUCUUGCGAGAUGAUUUCAACAACUCGGUCGCGGUUGAUUCGAUUUUGAAUUUUUUUACUGGACGGUGUUACAAAACUCAAUAAACAUCAAGAUGAUGCCUUGUUUCUGUGUUUCAGUUAAUGCAUCGCCGUGAUAUGUUUGCUAUUUAGCCAAGAGGGAAUUUCGAGUGCGUGGCUGUCUAGUAAUCAAGCAUGUCAAGACAAGAUGGGAGUCUUUAUAGGCCUAUAUAUAUCGAAACAUAUAAACAGGGCCUUGGACGGCAAAUAUUCGUUUGUAUUAUAUGAUGAACAAGAAAUGCUUCAAAGUUCAAUCUACCGAGGCGACGAUCCUUUUACUGUAUAUACUAAAAUACCCACUGUGAAUAACAAAUUCACCACAAACUCGACAAUACUCGUCUCCGCUUUUUGUAACACUUUUAACAGGUGUAAGGUCUAAUGCCAUGUGGCCAUAUAAUAUUAUUCGGUUUAUUUUACUAUAAAGACUCGCUAAUUUUAAUUUUUUGUUUUGAAAUUGACACAUUCUGUCACAAUUUCCAUCGCUCAAAUGUUCGGUUGAAUACGCCCAAAUCAUCAUCAGUCAAAAAUAAAUACGUGUCCUAUUGGCUAACGUUUGAUUUCCAUUUGACAGUUAAAACAGUAAAAGCCAUAGAAGUGUUCCAGAGGUUCUUCCCGCUCGCCGCCCAGCUUGAAUCCUCGUGUAUCCCUCAUUAUCCCCCCUACGAGCGUGGAAGAACCUCUGGCACCCAGGGUAAGGCCUUUCCAAUUUCUCCUCAAUCCCCUCCUGUGCAAUAAAUAAUGGGCCUAGCGGUCUCUAAUGACAUAACAUCCGGCACUUUUCAAAGUUAAAAGUAUAUAAUCAAGUGAGGUUUUUGCUCUAAAGAUUGCAUUAUUCUCAUAAUAAUCCAACAAUUACACAGUCGUAUAAUUAAAAUCAUAUUUGGGGUUAGUAACAGUUUAAUUUUGUGAUUCAAGAAUGUUAUCACAGUAGCCAUGCGCAGUUGAGACAAUAUGAACUGACUUAUUAGAUUCAUCAAAUAAAAUAUGGCAAUUAUUUCAGUUUCAAGUUUUUUUUAUUUAUGUAGAACGUUUUCCACCACCUCUUCAAUGUGAUCCGAAAUGUAAGUGCAUCAUCAUAAAUACACCAUUCCUUAGCAUUGUGAAUAGGCCUAGCUAGGUCAGACGUCGAUUACUUUGAUUAUAUUGAUAGAAGCUGAAUGGCUACGCCAUUAGAAGCUGAAUGGCUACGCUUUAAAAUGAAUGUAAACUUUAACAUUUUCGUCUAUUAUUUGUUUAGCAAUUUACAUUUCAGUCGAGGAUUGCGCUUUUUUUGAUACACCCUGUAUAUAGGCAGUCUGGAAUAAUUGAUGCUAUUUUUAUUUAUGAGAAAACGAUACAUAAUCUGUCAAAUAACGCAAUACAUCUCUUUGAAUAAAUAUCCAGUGUUUUUCAAUUAUAUUUUCAGCAAUUCAAAUUGUUCAAUCUGAGUACGUUCAUUCGGGCAAAGUAGCUAUAAAUAGCAGUGGAAAUUGGGAAAUCCUUCGUGUAAAGCAUUGGAAUGAAGAAUUAGGACAUUUGGCAUGCACUCAGCUAGGUUUUCCAGGACUAAUAAAGAACUUACGUGACCAGGAACAUCAUGGUUAUAGAGAUUACAAUAAUUUCGAUUGCCAGAAUAUAAAAGAUAAGUUGUUGUGUUGUCCGACGAAGCCAAGAAAUCGUAAUGAUUACCCUACUAUUUCCGAGGUUGCUAUCGUCUGUGAACCAGGUAAUGUAAUGCUGUAGUACUUACUGGGUCAUGUGACUUGGUUUAUUUAAAGCCUGGCGCACACGAUGCGAUUUUAGUCGGCCGAUGAAAAUCGUUUGACUAAAACUAACAAAAUCGUGGUGGAGUGUGCGGUGUCAUUUUUAACCCAUUUUUGUUGCUCAAUUUUAAUCGGACAACAUCAAAACGUUUUGAUAUUAUACGAUUUUUAUCGGUGGAAUUUUAAGUAUAAACAAUCAGGUUUCAUGCUGUGAUCACGUGCUUGUAUUUAUUUGGCAACAUGGCGGCUACUGUUCAGGGAGCGUAUUUUUUCGUAAUCGUGUGCGGAGUAUACCAAUGUAUAUCGGUAGGUCAAACGAUUUUUAUCGGCCGACUAAAAUCGCAUCACAGGCUUAAGUACUGAUCCAAGUCUCUCUUUGUGUGUAACUCUAUACGGCAUGAUAUAUGCUCCAGAGAUAAAAUGUUCUACAAUAACUCAAUUAUUAUAAUUUAUAGACCCGGAGCGAGAGGGGGGGAGGGGGAUUUGGCAAAAUAUUACACGAAGUGAUGAUUUCUCUUGCGCUUUCUCCGGCGAAAUGCGAAAAAGUUUGCGCGAAAUGACUUAGGUACAUGCGCGGUAAAGGUAAAUUAGGCUUCGUUAGAAAAAAAUAUGCAGAAAUCUAUUCACUGCAAAAGCAAAAAAGUGGGAAAAAGUCACAUGUGCAAGCAUCCGUACUGCGCAGACACAACUCCUCACGAAGAAUUUGCCGUCGUGAAAUCAGGUCUUUACACUGAGGGUAAUAUUUCGCUGAAUUCCAUAAUUCGGCUUCGGUUGAUAACACAAACUUCGUGCUUGAUAAUUCUUCAUAUUCAAUCAUGCUCAACCUCAUUCAAUAAUUGUUAAUUAUCCCACGGCAGAUCGGCAAUCUGUAAACGUGUGUGAAAGGCAUCGAAUUGCAUCGCAUUGCUUCAAAUUUCGAAACUUAAAGAUCUCACGACACAUUCGUUUUCGGUGUGAAAUAUUGGGUGAGAGCUUCGUACGCCUUCUUAAAAUCUUUAUCGUCUCCUUUAUCUGGCAGCGUCUCAAAUAAAUCGUUCACUUCCUCACCAACAUAAUGUAGAAGCAAAGCACGUUUUCGACUUGCAUCGGGAAUAUUCAUUGCCGUCAUAAGGUUAGUAAAUCACUUCAAAUAUUUCUCCCAUCGGGCAGCUAAAUUACUUUGAUCUCUUAAAUUAAUUCCGGAAAAGUUGGCCGAAAGCAGUUGCCAUGCUCGUCGUAUAAAACUACUGAGAAUCACGAAUUAUUUGACAAUCCUCGUCGCCAUUAUUGUAUCUCUAUAUUUCUGUCUUCAUGCAUACACGUGACUUAUGACUAUAUAUCAAUACUUCAUAUAACUAAAACAUAAUAAAUAAAGGAUUCGGCGAAAUAUUACCCGAAAUAUUAUCAUUACUGAGGGUAAUAUUUUGCCGAAUCCCCCGAGCGGAGGGUCUAUAAAUGAUAUAUUAUACCGAAAACUAAAAUCCUUCAAGUUGAAAAUUAAAAACUUGACACAUAUACAUACCUUCGUGAAUAGGAUGUUUUAUUUUCGAAUUAACGCAAGUAUCGUCGCUUUUCUUUCAAAUCACCUAUCGAUCGUUUGGAUUAUUAAUGACAACAUUUUUCAAAAUUCGCUUCAAAAUUCUGAAAAGCCCCAAGUUUUACGUUUAAAAUUUGAUUAUUCAUCACUCAUUAUUAAAUACUAUUUAUAUUUUGUCGGCCAUGUUGUUGUCAUGCGUGUUCUCUCGCGCGGUCUACGCGAAUAAUGUUCCGCCCCAUGUUCCCCGGCGAACAUGGGAUGGAACAUUGUCAAAAGGAACGCUGGCUCGCUAAUUGAUGACGCAAGGCGUGAUAUCGCGAUUAAUUUCAUUUAAUUUCAUUAAUUUUUUCGUUCGUAAAAUACUGUUUUCACCACUCGGAGAUAAAAGUCAUAUCUUCGCGCCGCUGUAUAAUAUCCUCUAUAUCUCAUACUGCAUUGCUUAAUUAUGUAAUUAUAUAAUUGAGUGGAAUACCAUACAAAACCACUGCGUGUCGUGGUACUAUAAAUGAUACAUGCUUUUUGACUGGUCUAUUUAAUGUUGAGGUAUAAUAUUAAAAUUUAUAAUAUAGCAUUUGUAAAUUCUGAACGCUGAUUGGCUAAGAGCCGUGUUGAUAUAACUCCAUGUCAACACGGGAAAUUUUCCGCCGCUUGUAACACGGAAAUUGUUCUUAUUCUUCGGGCUUUUGACAUUGCUAUAUUAUAAAACAAAUAUAAAACAUUUUUUCCGUAUUGAUAUAUAGUUAUAUCAAUACUCGUGGAAGUUGGGAAAACUCGAAAUUGUGUGAAAACACUCCGCCCUUCGGGCGUCGUGUUUCCACACAAUUUCUCGUUUUCCCAAUUUCCACUCGUGUUGAUAUAACUGUAUAUCAACACGGAAAAUGUUUUAUAUUUGUUAAGUGUCAGAUAUUACACUGUCAAAGUCGCCAGAUAUGCUGUCCCAUUGUGAAAAAUAGUGAAAUGCAUGGUAUGAAAUUUGCAACCGUGUCGCUGAAUCCAUAGACGACUCAAAGGAUGACAUUUGGAAUAAGAUUAAAAAGUCUGUCAUUCAUGGGCCGGUUGUACGAAGGCCGGAUAGCGCUAUCCACGGGAUAGUGAUUUUUUCAAGCUUUGUUAAAUCAGUCGUUGAUUGGUAUAACUCGUAUUAAAGUUUAGUAUUUAUAAGCUAAAUGUUUUUUUAUACUUCUUGUGUCGUCUAUAUCCGUAGUUUCACAGUUUUUCAAGCAUUUUACAAAGGCUGAAAAAAUCACUAUCCGGUGGAUAGCGCUAUCCGACCUUCGUACAACCGGCCCCAGAGUUCUAAAUAUCUUUCUAUACGUAUAUCAAUCACAAUUUGGCUUUAAACAAUGAUCAGAAUCUCAACAUAAACUUUUUGUUUCCGAACGAUAUGCGUUUUUGAAAGACGUGUAUUGAUAUUGAACUAGGUGAAACCACGUGAAACUAACUUAAAUUUAAUUGGCGUUUAAACUAAACUUUUCUUUUCAAUAAAGAUAUACGAAAUAAUGAUGUACUUCGAGAGCCUCUUCAGAUCUACCGAAAUAAGACUUGGUAUCAUGUUUGUGGGGAAACAUGGAGCUUGGCCAAUACACGGGUGGUAUGUUGGGAACUGGGUUACAGUAGAAACUCCGAAGUUGACCAAUAUUUUACCAAUGGUACUAGCAACAUAAAAACUUGGCCGAAAGAUAUUGACUGUACGGGAAAAGAAGAAAGUUUGAGAGCAUGUCGUUUACGGUAUCGCUCAAGUUCACAAUGUACACGCCUCGUACAUGUUCAAUGUAAAGGAAAUGGUAAGUGGAUUUACUGUAUUAUAAAAUAAAAUAUCAUUUGUUGGACUUUAUAUUGUAAUCAUUGUAAUCAUUAUAAUCUUUAUAAUCUUUAUAAUCUUUAUAAUCUUUAUAAUCUUUAUAAUCUUUAUAAUCUUUAUAAUCAUUAUAAUCAUUAUAAUCGUUAUAAUCAUUUUAAAAAUUAUAAUCGUUACAAUCAUUAUAAUCGCAGUCCGUGCUUUAUCAGAUAUAAGACACUCGAGUUGCUCGUAUUGCUCGAGUAUCGUGUUUGAUAUUUGAUGGCUCGUUUUCUAAAUAGUACGUACCCAUUAAAAUCAUUAUAAUCAUUAUAAUCCUCAUUAAUUUAUAAUCAUUACGAUCAUUAUGGCCUUUAUAAUUUUUAUAUCAUAAUCCUAGCAUAGUGACCAUUGAAAUAACUCAAUGUUGAGUAUUUUUAUAAUUAAAUCAAUUUUGCGAUUCAGGUGUUUUUAAUAAAUUCAUAUCCCAAGAUACUGCAGACAAGUAAACUUCAAUCGAAACCUGUGAUCAAGUAACUAUAAUUAACUAGGCUAAUGCGGAACCAUUAUUCUGAUUUGUCUAUGCAAAAAAAUAAUUUGAUAACACUGUAAUAGUAUAGACCGUAAAUAAAAUCCACUUUAGUCUGAGGAAGUCCACAACGACCUUCAUCAAGGUUCAAUGCAUUUUUAACACUUUGAUAAGACUCUUCAAGCGAACUAGCAGCUUAACAGAACCUGACAAUCUCACAUGUAGUACAUCCAAAAUAUUCCCCCUAUUAAACUGGCCCAAAGCAUUCUUCGCAUUUACUCUACCAUAUUCAUCUAUAAAUAAAUUUAACAUCAGCAAAGUUUUGCAAAUUUUUGCUGACCUGAGUAAUAAACACAGACCGCCUACUUAAUGUCAAUCAUAUAUGUCCAUGUGACCAUAAUUCUCCAAUCAGAAUGCUUCGUUCGUGGGCGAACAAAGUCUCCCAAAAUUGCAAGACAUGCCAGCAGACGUUUGUUAUUAUUAGCCCCACCUGAAUAAACUACUGUUCACAGGCUAAGCUAGCAUUUGGGGGCCCCUCUGAAUAAAAAUUAGGCUCCCUUUCUUGACUUGUCUUUGGUAGGGUGUUACACCCCCUCCCCAGUCGUCACAGCCCUGUCUGGAUCAGACCUGGGCGUAAAAUCCAGUUCUACCAUUGGUCGGAAUUGAUCUAUACUUGCUCGAUUUGUCUUGUUAUCAAUAUCGAUCCUUAGUAGUACGAAAAUGCACAUUCAUAAAAAAUCAGUUGGGUGUAUUUAGUGUAAGGAAACUGGUCAUUUCUUCUAUACACAAUGCAUGAGGAAAUUUAAAUUUAGGUCCCCUUCCAUUCGGGUAGCACGAAAAAUAUUGGACCUAUUGUAUGUUACAAAUUUGUUAUGGAAAUGUGGCCUCGCAAAUGUAAACUAGAAAAAUUUAGUAGUUAUGUGAACAUGGAAAGAAAAAAUAUAGCAAAUCAAACUGAACUAUUCUAUUGGUAUACUUUCAAAUCAUUUGCUCACCGAAAUGUGAGCUCGGUAAAGUAGCAAUGAAUAUGUUUCCCUAAGUAGAAUAGCAGCCGUUGUUUCUUGCAUAAUGCCAAUUAUCUGCAUUUAAUGUAGCCUUCUAAUUUUACAAGGUUCACUUUCAGAAAUACGAUUAAAUGGGUUUAACUCAAAUCAUGCUGGAAGAAUUGAAGUCCUCUACAAAGGAAUAUGGGGAACUCUCAAUAGCCUUAAAAAUUCGUUUGGAUACGCGGAAGCUAGAGUUGCCUGUCGACAGCUUGGCUACCUUGAUGCUUUCAGGCCAUUAAAUCAUAACGAAGUUCCUCAUGUGUCACGAGGAACUAUUUGGUCCGAAAAGAUCAAAUGCAAUGGAACCGAAAGUCGGUUACAAGAUUGCAAUUGGGUUCAAGGUGAUUUUAAACACGUGAGGUAUCGUUUAAAUUCUGGUGUAAUCUGCAAAAUGAGUAAGUAAUUAAUUUAUUUAAUUUAUUUCAAUUAAAUCUUUUUAUCUUGCGUAUUUGGGUAUGUGCAUUCCGUAUGUGUCUGCGAAGUGCAGCGCUGACUGUAACACAUUUUUACAAAUGACAUGGUAGAGACCUACCAUAUUAAAUUACUGUUGCUGUUGGCCAUCAAUAGAAUCACAGUAAUUCCUUAGGCAGAUUUCAUGAGAUAAUGGUUGUUGCCAGCUCACGUCGCGCGCAAAAAAACGCAUAAAUAUUUGUAACGUCCCUCCUUUUACUCACAACACAUGCACUUAGGCAGGUCUGAUAUGGUGUCCCAUCUCGUUUAAUUAGAUAUCCGACUGGCUGGUUCUGUAAAUGAUAACGAAGGCAAGUUAGAGAUAUACCAUAACAAUUCCUGGAAAAAGGUUUGUACAAAACAUUGGACAUUAACUGAAGCCAAUGUCGUUUGCCGCGAACUUGGUUAUUCAAAGGCUGUGGAUUUUAAAGGACUGUUACGAAAUUAUUCUAACAAAUUCUUGGAAUAUUUAAUAAUGAAGACUAACUGCACUGGGAAGGAGAAAUAUCUCCAUAACUGUUUCCGUAUAGAAGAUACUAAAGUGCGUUGUGCUAAAGGAUCAGUGCAUGUAAGAUGUGUUGGUAACGAAGGAGGUAGGGAUAAAUACUUUAUAUUUUUUCCUUAGACCAAUUUCACCUACGACAUGCAAUACAGUCUCAUGUGGAAGUGAAAUUCAUAAUUUUCACACGAUAUGAAAUUUUAGUUUCAUUAUAUUCUUUCAGAAAUGAAAAUAAAAGUUCAUAAUAUGAGUUAAAAUUAUAGUUUCGAAACAGGAUUGUGAAAUUAUAUGUGGAAAUGGAACAUAUUAAAAUUAAGCGUUCUCUUGAUUGGGUAAUUAUGUCUUGUAUGUCGCUUUGGAAUUAGAACAGUUAUACAUUACACAUUAUCUAUGUGCAACUUUUAAAGGUUAUGUUUUUCGAGAAAAAGAUCUGAAAAAGUACUAAAACCAUGAUCUUCCAUUUUUACUAUAUAUGUAUAAACAUUAAAGUAAAAUAUCUUCAAUGCACACUAAAUGGUUUAUAACUAUUCACACUAAGUUGGGUUGAUAUGAUAAUAAACAGUUUUUGGAUGAGUUUUUCGUGAUAUCCAGAAUUAUCUAGGUUGAGGUAAAUGUUAUCAGUCGAUCCGAAGGCAAGAUUGAUAACACUUAUACCGAGAGCUUGGUAGUUUGGGAUAUAAUGCACAAAAACCGAAUUCAAUAACUGUUUUAUCAUAUACAUUGCAUCUUUAUUAAUAACUAGUUUCGACAAACAAUGAUUUAUCGCACAAAACAACGUUUAUUUCUCAAAAAAGUAGUGAUAGCGAUUUAAAAUAUCACAAUAACAGCAUAAAAAUUUUAGAACCUCAUUUAUACCUAUUACAGUUUCGAUACAAAUGUCAAAAAGUCUGCUUUUUCACAAAAACAUUCACAAAAACGCCAUUCGUUCAUGUUGUUUUCUCUUGUUUUUAUUCGGGUAUAUAGAACUGCCGCUUGCUUUAAAAUUACUUACUGCGGGUUCAACUUACACAAAACUCAGUUAUCUGCUAGCAGAUAACUGAGUUAUAUGUAGGUUGCGUGAUUUCCAUAUUUAAGCUGUAAGCAACUGGCCAAUCAGAGGAUACGUAGUGACUACAAUAUUGUAUAAUAAAUAUAAUUACAUGUGCGUCUUGGUUGAUUAAGUCAUUUCACAUUGUUACACAAAUCCGCAAUCCAGCAUUUACAAAAAGUAAUUGUAGCGCGCUGUAGAAGCCAAACCGGUGUCCAAGGAAAUUUGCCCUCCCUUUAAUCUAGGCCCGGGGCAUAUUUCUUAGGAAGUCUGGAAGUGGCUCCCACAGGGAGGGAGAUGUUUAUCAGUAGGUACGUACUUUCUUUUAAAUUGAGCUCUAAAAUCGAGGCUUAAUGCUAAAUUUGCUAUAGAAACAUUAAAAUGUUGCGCGAAGCCUCGUUGUUGGGCUUUAUCUGUAGGCAUUCAAUCGCAAUCCGGAAACGGCGCCCUAUAUUUAAUCAGCUUUCUACUAUAGGGAUUUUCAGUUGACAUUUAUUUUCAUUGAACAUUUUCCUGGCUACUGUAAAAUAUAUGCCGAUCACCCGUAUUUAUUUAUCAUGCGAAUUAUUUUAACUUCAUCUUUCAGAUCUUCGUCUCGUUCAAAUGAAAACUAGAUUUUUAAUUAUUGAUGAAAUACAGAUAAUGCACCAGGGAAUUUGGGGUCAUGUUGCAGGAGAAAACUGGACUUUGCAAAACGCUCAAGUUGUUUGCCGUCAGUUGAACAAACCUGGUGUAAAAAGAUUCCGAUUAGUAAAAACAAAAGCGACAAGUCAACCUCAAAUGUUGUGGCAGAAGGGAGUGCAUUGUAAAGGCAACGAAACGAAAUUAAUUGACUGCCCAAAACGUCCUUGGCUCCAGUUAAAGAAAGAAAGUGUGUCCGAAUGGAAAGCUUCAGUUGAAUGCAAUAAUGGUAGUAUAUUUAUGUAUUAUAACCAUUUGAGAUUUUGUUCGACAGAACAGAAUUCUCGAGACUCGAAUGUUGAAGGGUUUCUGUUGAUGAAAAUUUUGAGUGAUGAAAUUUUUUUGCAAACUUUCGCUGCACUGGAAUUGCAGGGCCGCUGGUUUGGCGCUAUCAGCUGAGCGUCACUCUUGACUGUUGACGUAAGCAAGUUCCUCCAGUGUACAGUGGCGUUUUGGGCAAUUUCAGCCACGCAUGCCAUCGGCACCGAAUAUUCAACAUGUUGAAUAAUAUCAAUCACGAAUGAACAUUUCGUCCUCCAAGUGUGGCUCGAAAAGCUAUCACCUUUCAUUGUACAUCGAGUAGGCAUGCGCAAUAAAAUAUAAGACAAAAGGAAAACAAUUAAUGAGGAAUAUUUAUAUGUCGCUAUUCAAGUAUUGCGUUCCUCAUUUUAAUUAAUUUUCUUUUGUCUUAUGUUUUAUUACGCAUGCCUAUUCGAUCUACAAUGAAAGGUGGAAGGAGGAAAUGUUCGUUCGUGACUAAAAUUAUUUCACAUGUUGAAUAUUCCGUGCCGAUGCCACGCGCGGCUGAAAUCGCUCAAAACGCCACAGCACACCGGGAUAACUUGCUCACGCCAACAGUCACGAGUGACGCUCAGCUCAGCUGAUAGCUCCAGUGUUCGCUGGGCUUAUGCUCUCUGUGAGUUCUUUAAUUUAACAGGUAACUAAUUUUCCCUCGAAAUUUCCAUCAACACGCAUUAUUGGAUUAUAAUAUUUCGGUCUAUUAUGAAAACCAAAGGUCUAGGUCUAUUAUAGAUCUCAUAUUAUUAUGAAAACAAUAUAUUUUAACAUGUAUGAAAUAAGUGUUUUAUAAGUGUUUUGUUUUUGACAAUGUAAAUGUUAAUUUCUUUGAAUUUUUUCUGUGCUGGUGUUGUGUACUCAGGUGAAUAAUAUGUUUGUGAUGUUAUUCUGAGUGCAUAUCCACUCCGGGCGAGCUUGACCGUGGCCGGGCAUAUUUUUCAAGCUCGCCCGGAGUGGAUAUGCACUCAGAGUAACAUCACAAACAUGUUAAUUUCUUUGUUUGCUAAUGACGUCAUUACGUGUCACGUGGCGCCAUCUUGGUUGAUUCUAAACUUGCAUUAACCAUUUACAACUAGUUCACAAUCGUUCCUUAUUUGUGUUAAGAACGCUUUCCGUUUCUGCCGUAUUAUAAUCGUUAUAGUUGGUCUCAGCUCAAUGCGAUCAGUUUAUGUGCAUGUGUUUUGGCAGUCAAUCAAUAUAUGAAGAAACGUAUAGUAUUCAUUUUAGUCAAAUCAGUUUACCAUGAAUACAUCGGUUCAUUGAACUGAGCGAGAGGAUUUUAUUGAGAUAAUCUAGAGAAAUGUUCUGUUUUCACAGAUUUUCGCUUUAAGAGUGGAGGAGGACUGAACCAAAGAGAGCUACAGCAAUAUGUUAAUGGCGUGUGGAAACCAAUUUGUAGUAAACGCAAGCUAAAGAAACUCAUUGUUACAAAAUAUUGUCAAAGGAUGGGUUAUGCCGACGGAAAUCAAAUUUUCAAUCACACUGUUGAUGGAAAUACUACAAAAUGUCAAAAUGGCACCGAACUGCAUAUCCAUUGUCACAUAAAACGUAUGUUUUCAAUCUUUUCAUGAUAAAUCGUCUUGUAGUACAUAUAAGUUAGUACAACUGAUACCAGGAGCACACAACACAUAUACGAGAGGAACCCCAGCGGCAGAAGUAAAUGGUGCAGGCAAGGUUUACGUGAUUGAAAAGAGAGCAAUUAAUUCAGCUCGCCAAAGACUGUAAGACGAGUGCAUCCAAUUUGUUUCUACCAAACAUCACAGCGAGUGCGUUUGAAUUAAAUGUAAAAUUAUGUAUUAUAUACCCAAGGCCUGGAUAUGAGGUAUUCUGCAUCUGAUUGGUUCUCUACUAGCAGGAUAUUAGCUCAUAUCCUGCGGGUAGAGAAAAACAAAAUGGCGGCUCAAACUGCUGAUUCCCGAUGUUUUGCGAACGAGAAAACGGCAAGUUGUUCGCUUUUUAUAGCCUUUACAGGAUUAAUAAAAACACAAUGAAAAAAACUCCCACAAAUUGUUUGCAGGUUAGCAAAUGAAUGUUUAUAAUUUAAACUGGUUAAAAAUAUAUAUUUUGGAAAAAAUACUCUGCCGAAAGAGCGAAGAUAAAAACAUAAACAAAAUAGAAAAAUAUGAAUUCAGACCUUGUGUAUAUAAUAAAACAGUUAUUCCGCUCAGUCUCGUCGAAUAUGAAUUCGGCGCUACGCGUCUCAUCGGCUAUCAGCUCAUAUUCGAUUCGAGUUCGUAGAAUAACUGUUAAUUAUUCCAUCGAGUAUAAAAGCCUUAAACUUCAACUAACGGCAACCUCAGAGCAAUUUCCUUUAAUUUUACAUCCGAUAACGUGGAUUCAAUUCUCGUUCCGGGCUAGUACUCAAGAUAUUCAUGAUUUUGUGAUGGUCAGUCAAUACCGAAAUUCGUGGUUUUUCGCCGGGUACGCCGGUUUCUUCCCAUGGGGAAUGGUGACAGGACGGACUGGGAUUAGCCCCCAAUCAGGGCGCUCAUGCAUAGGAUGUGAUGCGGAAGUAGCUUGGGGCGAGAAUGGAAGAAAAAGUAGAUUUUGGGAUGCCUAGUUUUUGUGGCCAUUCUCUCAGCCAUUUUAGUGUGAAUACAAUAGAUAUGUGCACUGUGUGACGAGGGGGGAGUUGAAAGUUUGCCCGAAUUUUGUGAAGGAUUGUAAUGAAAUAACCUGAAUUUAACAUAUAUUCUGGUAAAUCUGUCCGAACUUUUUUUAACGAUUAUGCUUGUGAGCAAUCUGUUUUGCAAUCUGGGAUACGUAUAGUGAACGCUAAAUGUUUGAAUGAUCCAAUAGUAACGAAAGCUAAGGGCCAAGGGUGAGGCAUGUUAGUUUGCAUGUUAAAGACAUGUCAAGUUUUUAACAACAAAAGUAAGAAUACUUUACAGUGAAUGUACUAAGGCUAGUACAUUCACUGUAAAGUAUUCUUACUUUUGUCACUCGUUAGAAAAUUUGACUUAUCAGGUUGGCAAAUAUUUUAUCAAAAAUACAACUGAGUCAGUGAUGAUGCCACACCGACCGAAUCAAUCAUGGGUCGAGGGUUCGAUUCCCACCGCUGCCAAGGAAACCUUUCAGCUUCUCCUGUGUGCAUGGACAAUCUCAAAGUAACAUCAUCUCAAACAAUUUCACUUGAGUUGAUACACCACAAUCAAUACAUUCAUGGUCAUUACAGCAUCUUUGAAUGUUUGUUUGUUGAAGUUUAGUCGUUUUUAAGCGAUAUUAAAAUAUCUCAUGAUAAAAUAUUAAAAUAUUUUAAGAUAUUAAAAUAUCUCAUGCUUAUAUUUUAUGAAGUUUGGCUUUUGUCGAAGUGUAUUUUUUGGACAUAUCAAGGUCGAAACGUCUAUUAUUGAUGCAAACUUUUUCCAUUACAUUAAUUUGAGAACACAAUUGACUGCAGAUAGGUGUAACAACACCUCAAAUAAUUUCACCUGAGUACAUACACCACAAUGUAGUGUGUUAUUAAUUAGUGUGUUAUUAGUGUUGUAUGAAAUAUUAAUUCUUUCUUUUUGUCUUAUUUUUAAGAAUUCCGUCUCAAGCGAAUCGGAGCAAUAUCUAAUUCUGGCAUAGCAGAAUACUUAGAUAGGAACAAAUGGGUAGCAAUCUAUUUUCACAGGCUAAAACUUCAGGACGCGAUAAACAUCUGUAACUAUUUGGGAUACCCGGGCGUUUCCGGACGUUGGAUGUAUAAAACAAAGACAAGACGUUUGCAUGGGGCAAUAAUUAAGUGGAAAGGAAGCAGCAUAUAUUUCAGAACUUACAGGGGAGCUAACGUUAGGUCUGCUGGUCUCACAUGUGAAAAAAGUAAGUUUAAAUCUCAGAAUGCUUAAAUUUACUUCUCAAGACUUGGGCUGCCAACCGAUUGAUACCGUACUUCUAUUUUUCGUAACUACUUUCGGUUAGACUUUAUUUGUUUUGUUUUAAGUUAUUUUAAACGUUUUCACAAGAUUUGCCUUACAAAGCAACCGCAUGCAUAGUUGCAGUGUACUAAGGAUAAAAAGUGUUAAAUAUUUAUGAAUGCAGGGGGUGACCAUGGACUAUCGCAGCAAGAUGUCAAUAAUCAAAUCAAUUUUCGUAGUCAUCAUCAUGGACUUUUUCGGAGUUUUUCAGUUUAAAUUUUAAACGAGCAUUUGCAUGAGCUAAAAGUAACUGAAAAUAACUUCUUUUAUUUCUACGCAUGGUGAGAAAUGAUAGCCAUGAAUGCGUAAUCAGUACCCAGACCACUGAUGGGCAUAGAUAACACGGGGAUGAGAAUAUGCCAAUUAAUAUAACAGAAAACAUGUCAAAACCCAAAAGUAGGUAAACUUAAAGAACAGAAGACGCAACAACGGCAAAUGGAAUCAAAGGAAAGAUGUAUAAUACGAGGCAAGACUGGAUUUUUUUGCUUCUGGUGAAAUGAGAUUGAAAUCAGACCGAUGAUGCUUGGUGUUCUUUGCAGAUAUUUAAAGAUUGCAAAGAGAAAUAUCAGUCAAUUUUAUAUGUUCUAUUGUCGCCUCCUACAACGCAGUUUAAAAUUUUAUAUCAAAAACCGUAAUUUGAUGUUACAAUCGUAACAUCAAAUCUUCCCUAGAAUAUUUAGUAUUGCUUAUAACUAAUUCAAACGAACAGUUAAGUUCUUUAUUAUAUACAUGACAAAAUUACUGCAAUCUGAUUGGUUAAGAGGAAUGCAGUUAUUUCAUGAAUUGCCGUAAAUCCAAUAUGGCGGCGAAAUUUAUCUUGUAUAAAUAACAAACGUGGACGAAUUUAACUCAAUUUUGGCACAAGAAUAAGUUUAAUAAACAUAGUAUGGCAAAAAGAGACUGUGGAAAAUACCUGGAAACAGUUUUAAGAAAUAAUCUCAGCGGGAUGCAGCGAAACGUGACUAUGUAGCAAAGUCUGUAAUACAAUUUAUAAAGAUUUUUUACUCUAAAAUAUGUUGUUUGAGUUUGAAUCAUAUGUUCUAGUUAAGUCAUGUGCCUUUAUGAGUUUAUGAUCAUUUCACAAGUUUGUUUAUGCCAAAUUGCUCACAGAAGCAUGAAAAAGUCUUGACAGAAUGCAGUUGAAUUUUAAAGAACGCGAUUUUGUCAUGCAUAUAAUAAACAAAUAAUUACACGGGCGAGUCGGCGGCUUGUGCAAUUUUGGCACAUUUUUCAAAUAUUACUCGUAGUGUUAAUCAUUAAUUGCACUCCUUCCCCUGUGAUUACCUAUACAAAUAAUAUUUGAAUGUAUUGAACUUGCCAUGAACAUAUAUUUUCAUUUCCUUUUAUAAUAACUUUAAUAAUUAUCUCACAUUAGAAAUCUGAUGUGCAUGCGUAUCCAAUAUCUCCCUCUCCAUGAGAGGAUUUUUCAACAUUUUCACGCUGAAUUCCAAACUCAUUUUAUGGUUUCGUUCUUAUGAAAAUGACACUGUGUGUCCCACACAAUGUUAAUCAUUCAUUGUCUCUAAAUAUUACUAAACUAAUAUUAUUUUUUGUUUCAAUAGGAAAAAAAGCCACCUGAUAACGAUGAAUAUAUUAUCAUGCAAGUAGAGAACCUCACAGUAAUUACAUCGGAAUAUCUGAUAUAUUGUUGUUGUGCAAAUUUAAAUUAUAACUGUUGAGGCAAUUAAUAAAUCGAUGGCACUUUUGACUGGUAUAUUAUGACUAGAAAUUCCAUACCUUACUGGCGGGAAAUUAUCAGGAUUUUUUGGGAUUUCACUCAAUAGAACAACUGCAUGCUUGAGG